GCGGCCGCCCCGAGACGCCGGCCCCGCCGAGUGAUGAGAACAGACGUCAAACUGCCUUAUGAAUAUUGAUGCGGAGGCUAGGCUGCUUUCGUAGAGAAGCAGAAGGAAGCAAGAUGGCUGCCCUUUAGGAUUUGUUAGAAAGGAGACCCGACUGCAACUGCUGGAUUGCUGCAAGGCUGAGGGACGAGACGAGGCUGGCCAACAUUCACCACCAGACCCUCUCAAGACUGUCUUCUUGCCCUCGCUCCUGUUGAGUCCCCACACUUGGAAGCAGGAGAUGGGCUCAGCAGCAGCCAACAGAUCAUGAUCCAGGAGGAGCCGUGAGGGACAGGAAGCUGCUGAAAUCCUUGAGAGGGCAGCCUCGUGGAUGGCCCCGAAGCAAGCCUGAUGGAACAGGACAGAACCAACCAUGUUGUGGGCAACAGACUCAGUCCAUUCCUGACACCAUCUCCUUCUCCCAUUUGCCAGACCGAACCUCUGGCUAUCAAGUUCCAGAAUGGAAGCCCAUUAACUGAGAGGCUUUGGCCAGAAGUAAAUGGAGACACCAAGUGGCAGUCUCUCAAAAGUUACCAUGGAAUACCCCACAUGAAGCGCAGCCAGAACAGUCGUGUGAGUCCGGACUUGGUACAAGAAGAUAGAGGGUAUUCCAAGUGUUUGCAAAAUGGAGGAAUAAAACGCACAGUUAGUGAACCUUCUCUCUCUGGGCUCCAUCAGAACAAGAAAUUGAAACAAGACCAAAAUGCUAAUGGUGAAAGAAGGAACUUCGGGGAAAGCCAAGAAAGAAAUCCAGGCAAAGGCAGCAGUCAACGAAGUGUCUCCGAUUUAAGUGACAAGAGAGAAUCUGUGAGCUCUGUAGUCCAAGAACAUGCAGUUAAAAAUUUCACCAGUUUUUCAACACAUAACUGCAGCAGGUCUGAAAAUCCAGAGCUUCAGAUUCUGAAUGGGCAGGAAGAGAAAAGUGCUAACUAUCGUGACAAGAACAUUGUAUUACUUCUUAAAAACAAGGCAGUGCUAAUGCCUAAUGGUGCUACAGUUUCUGCCUCUUCCAUGGAAAACACACAUGGUGAACUCCUGGAAAAAACACUCUCUCAAUAUUAUCCAGAUUGUGUUUCCGUUGCGGUGCAGAAAACCACAUCUCACAUACAUGCCAUUAACCGUCAGGCUACUAAUGAGUUGUCCUGUGAGAUCACUCACCCAUCGCAUACCUCAGGGCAGAUCAACUUCCCACAGACCUCGAACUCCGAGCUGCCCCCAGAGCCAGCUGCAGUGGUGACUGAGGCCCGCGAUGCUGAUAAUGCCAGUAAACCAGCUGUGCUGCUAGGCACCUGUCCCUUUCAGAAACCAGAGCAAACAUCAGUUUUCAAGAUAUGCCCAUCUCCUGCAGAAAACAGUAACAUCCAAGGAACCAUAAAGCUAGUGUCUGGUGAAGAAUUCUGUUCAGUUUCCAGCAGCAAUUUUCAGGCUCCUGGUGGCAGCUCUGAGCGGUAUUUAAAGCAAAAUGAAAUAAAUGGUGCUUACUUCAAGCAAAGCUCAGUGUUCACUAAGGAUUCCUUUUCUGCCCCUACCACACCCCCACCAUCACAAUUGCUUCUUUCCCCACCUCCUCCUCUUCCGCGGGUUCCUCAGCUUCCUUCAGAAGGAAAUGGCACUCUGAAUGAUGGGGUUUUGGAAGAACACCACGGCUACCCCAGCGAAAGCCACACAACCCCGUUAAGGGAAGUAAAAAUAGAGGGUCAGCCUGAGGCACCAUCACCCCAGAGUCCCAGUCCAUCUACACACCUAUCCAACCACUCUCUGAUGCUUCCAGAAAGACCUCAGAAUAAUUGUGUUAACAAGAAUGACAUACGGACUCCAGGGACAAUGACUGUUCCAUUGUGUUCUGAGAAAACAAGACAAAUCUCAGAACAUCUCAAGCAUAACUCACCAAUUCUUGACAGUAGUGGAAAUCCAAAGGACCACUGCCAACAGUUCAUGGGACACAAAGAGCAAGAGAUUUGGAAGGGUCGAGACAAGGAAAAAGCACGAGAUCCUGUGCUCCCAGCACAGCCCUAUCUAAGACCCGGGUGGAUUGAAUUGAAGGCCCCUCAUUUUCAUCAAGCAGAAUCCCAUCUAAAAUGUAAUGAGGCAUCACUCCGGUCAAUUCUUCAGUAUCACAACAAGCCCUCCAAUCAAAUGACCUCCAAACAAUACACUGGAAAUUCCAACAUGCCUGGGGGGCACCCAGGGCAAGCUUACAUCCAGAAAAUAAUGAAACAAGAGCAGAGGUCACAAAAGUAUCAAAUCGAGAUGCAUAAAGCACAGUCUCAAGGGACAGUGGACCAUCAUCUCCAGUUCCCAAAAUCCUCACUCCAGCUGCAAUUUUCCAAGACAGAUCCUUCACCUGAAGCUCACACACAGUCACCGUGUGCUCCUAGAUGUCAUUUUCAACAAAGACCAGAUCCUCAGGCUGAAAAACUCAUGCCCCUGACUUUAAAACAGCACUUGAAUCAACAGGCUUCAAAAACUGAGCCAUUCUCAAACUCACACCUUUUGCAACAUAAGCCUCAUACACAGGCAGCACAAACACAACCAUCCCCAAACCUACAUCUCUCCCAAAUCCAGCAGCAGCAGCAAAAAUUACAAAUGAGGAAUAAAGAACAAAUGCCCCAUACUCCUCUUCAUCCCCAAGGCAACAACGAUCAGCAAAAAACAGGGUCAUUCUUUAGCCAGGUUAAAGUGGAAGGAUUCGUUCACAGUGAAAAUCAGUAUUUGAAAUCAAGUGAGUUCCAGACUCAAAACACCUAUAUGGGAUUGGAACAAGUGCAGAAUGUGAAUAGUAGAAAUUCCCCCUAUGGUCACAGUGUGAAAUCAAAUGCAAACAAGGUGCAGAUUUCUUGUUCAAACAAUACCCACCUAACUCCAGAGAAUAAAGAACAGACUAUACAUUCUGAACUCACUGCAGGAAACAAGAUUCCAAAUCUGCAUCACAUGCAAUAUUUUCCAAAUAAUGUGACCCCAAAGCAAGAUGUUCUUCUCAGGUGCUUUCAAGAACAGGAGGAGAAGCCUCAACAAGUUUCAGUUCUACGGGGAUAUAAAAGUAGAAACCAAGAUAUUUCCAGCCAUCAAGCUGUACAACUCACUCAGCAAAGGCACCUGAUGCAAAGCCAAGCAAAUGCAUUCUCUGUGCCUGACCAGGGAGGCAGUCACGUUCAGACCCCUCCCCAGAAGGACAUUCAAAAGCAUGCAGCUCUGAGGUGGCACCUCUUACAGAAGCAAGAACAGCAGCACACACAACCCCAAAUGGGGUCUCGCCCUAAUCAGAUGCACAGGCCAGUUAAGGUUGAACCUGGAUCCAAGCCUCAUGCCUGUAUGCACCCCAUGUCAACACAGCCAGAAAAUAAAACGUGGAAAAAGAUCACCAAGCAAGAGAUUCCACCUCCAAGCUGUGAUAAUGUGCAGCAAAGGAGCAUCCUAGAGACCAUGGAGCAACAUCUGAAGCAGUUCCAGGUCAAAUCAUUAUUUGACCAUAAGGCUCUCACUCUCAAAUCACAGAAGCAAGUAAAAGUUGAAAUGUCAGGACCAGUCACAGUUCUAACAAGACAAACCACUGCUGCAGAGCUUGAUGGCCACACCCCAGCUUUAGAGCAACAAGCGACUCCUUCAGAAAAGACACCAACCAAAAGAACAGCUGGUUCUGUUCUCAAUAAUUUUUUAGAGUCACCUUCCAAGUUACUAGAUACGCCUAUAAAAAAUUUAUUGGAUACACCUGUCAAGACUCAGUAUGAUUUCCCAUCCUGCAGAUGUGUAGAGCAAAUUAUUGAAAAAGAUGAAGGUCCUUUUUAUACCCAUCUAGGAGCAGGUCCUAAUGUGGCAGCUAUUAGAGAAAUCAUGGAAGAAAGGUUUGGACAGAAAGGUAAAGCUAUUAGGAUUGAAAGAGUCAUCUAUACUGGUAAAGAAGGCAAAAGUUCUCAGGGAUGUCCUAUUGCUAAAUGGGUGGUUCGCAGAAGCGGCAGUGAGGAGAAGCUACUGUGUUUGGUGCGGGAGCGAGCUGGCCACACCUGUGAGGCUGCAGUGAUCGUGAUUCUCAUCCUGGUAUGGGAAGGAAUCCCGCUGUCUCUGGCUGACAAACUCUACUCUGAGCUCACGGAGACGCUGAGGAAAUACGGCACCCUCACCAAUCGUCGGUGUGCGCUAAAUGAAGAGAGAACCUGUGCCUGUCAAGGGCUGGACCCAGAGACCUGUGGUGCCUCCUUUUCUUUUGGUUGUUCGUGGAGCAUGUACUACAAUGGAUGUAAGUUUGCCAGAAGCAAGAUCCCAAGAAAAUUUAAGCUGCUUGGGGAUGACCCAAAAGAGGAAGAGAAAUUGGAGUCUCAUUUACAAAACUUGUCCACUCUUAUGGCACCAACAUAUAAGAAACUUGCACCUGAUGCAUACAAUAAUCAGAUUGAAUAUGAACACAGAGCACCAGAGUGCCGUCUGGGUCUGAAGGAAGGCCGUCCAUUCUCAGGGGUCACUGCAUGUUUGGACUUCUGUGCUCAUGCCCAUAGAGACUUGCACAACAUGCAGAAUGGCAGCACGUUGGUAUGCACCCUCACUAGAGAAGACAAUCGAGAAAUUGGAGGAAAACCUGAGGAUGAGCAGCUCCAUGUUCUGCCUCUCUACAAAGUCUCUGAUGUGGAUGAGUUUGGGAGUGGAGAAGCUCAGGAGGAGAAAAAACGAAAUGGCGCCAUUCAGGUACUGAGUUCUUUUCGGCGGAAAGUCCGGAUGUUGGCAGAGCCGGUCAAGACGUGCCGACAAAGGAAACUAGAAGCCAAGAAAGCUGCAGCAGAAAAGCUUUCCUCUCUGGAGAAUGGCACAAAUAAGAAUGAAAAGGAAAAGUUAGCCUCAUCUCGUACAAAACAGACUGAAAAUGCAAGCCAGGCGAAACAGCUGGCAGAACUUCUGCGACUUUCAGGACCAGUCAUGCAGCAGCCCCAGCCCCAGCCCCAGCCCCAGCCCCAGCCCCAAGCCCAACAGCUCCAGAAGCAGCCACCACAGCCACAGCGACCCCAGCAACCACAGCCGCAGCCUCCACAUCACCCCUUAACUAAUAACCCUCAGUCAGAGGCCGUCAAUGCUUUCUCUUCUUCCGGAUCCAGCAAUCUGUAUAUGAGACGGCCCAAUCCAGUUAGUCCUUAUCCAAGCUCUUCGAGUACUUCAGAUAUGUAUGGAGGUGCCAACCCUAUGAACCUCUAUUCCACCUCACCCCAAGCUGCAGGUUCGUAUUUGAAUUCUUCUAAUCCUAUGAACCCCUACCCUGGGCUUUUGAAUCAGAAUACCCAAUAUCCAUCAUAUCAAUGCAAUGGAAAUGUAUCAAUGGACAGCUGUUCCCAUUACCUGGGCUCCUAUUCUCCCCAGCCACAGCCCAUGGAUUUAUACAGGUAUUCCAACCAAGACCCUCUUUCUAAGCUCAGUCUACCACCCAUCCAUACGCUUUACCAGCCGAGGUUUGGGAAUGGCCAGAGCUUUACUUCCAAGUACUUAGGUUAUGGAAGCCAAACUAUGCAGGGAGAUGCCUUCAGCAGUUGUACUAUUAGACCAAAUGUACACCAUGCAGGGACAUUUUCUCCUUAUUCCAUUCAUGAGAUGGAGGGCCACUUCAUGGGAGCCGCCUCCAGAUUACCAGCCAACCUGAGCAAUCCAAACAUAGACUAUAAAAAUGGUGAACAUCACCCAUCUUCUCAUAUAAUCCAUAACUACAGUGCAGCUCCGGGCACAUUCAACAGCUCUCUCCACACCCUGCAUGUCCAAGACAAGGAGAACGACAUGCUUGCCCACACACCUGACGGGUUCUCUAAGGUGCUGCCAGGUCUUAACCAUGAUAGAACUGCCUCUGUCCACGAAGGCUUACACAGAUUACAGGAAGCUGGCAGUCAGGAAAAGCAGCCUCCUGCUGCCGAGGACAAUGAAGAGGUCUGGUCAGACAGUGAGCAGAGCUUUCUGGACCCUGACAUCGGGGGAGUGGCUGUGGCUCCAACUCAUGGGUCAAUUCUCAUUGAGUGUGCAAAGCGCGAGCUUCACGCCACAACGCCUCUGAAGAACCCCAAUAGGAAUCACCCCACCAGGAUCUCACUUGUCUUUUACCAGCAUAAGAGCAUGAAUGAGCCCAAGCACGGCUUAGCACUCUGGGAAGCCAAAAUGGCUGAAAAGGCGCGCGAGAAAGAGGAAGAGUGUGAGAAGUACGGCCCGGACUACGUGCCUCAUAAAACCCAUGGCAAAAAGGUGAAACGGGAGCCCACUGAGCCGCAGGAGCCUUCCGAGCCCACUUACCUGCGCUUCCUGCAGUCCCUUGCGGAGAGGACCAUGUCCGUGACCACAGACUCCACAGUGACUACAUCUCCGUAUGCCUUCACUCGGGUCACAGGGCCUUACAACAGAUACAUAUGAUGUCGCCCCUCAUGUUGGUUACCUCAUUUGAAAAGACCACAAACCAACCUGUCCCUAGUGUAGUUCCUAUGACGUGGGCAGUGGGGAAAGGACACAGGAUUCAUGGCAGAUGUGGUGAGAAGAACCUCAGCUCACCAGCACAGAACAGAGGCCAUCCUACCAUAGCACUUAAUGCCCACUGCCUUCGAAGUGGUCACAGACGGCUUCCAGGCAGGGGACCAGAGCAUUCUAUGCGAAAGGAAGGCGGGGGAGAAAUUGUUCCGCGAUUCACAUUUUUAACACUGGUUCUGUUAUUGGGUGAGGUAAUAUGUAAAGGUGAGGGUUUGUUUUCCCCUUACAGCUCUACACGUCUGUGGCCACUUUUAAUAAUACCAAGUUUGCAUGGUCGUGGAACACAAAUCAAACAAGUACUGUAGUAUUACAGUGGCAGGAAUUUUAAAAUACCAUCUGGUGCUGAAUAUAUGAUGUACUGAAAUACUGGAAUUAUGGCUUUUUAACAUGCAGUUUUUACUGUAAUCUUAAUAUUAACUUUUAUUUAUCAAAGUAGUUGCAGAAAGCAUAAAUGAAUAGACAGCAAAACACUGAAUUUGGAUGUUCUAAGAAAUGGUGCUAAGAAAAUGGUGUCUUUAACAGUUGAAAAUUUAAUGCCUUUGUAUCAUUCAAGAUGCUAUCAGUGUACUCCAUUGCCCUUGAAGAACAGGGGUACCUUUUCAUUCAGUUUUUGUCAUAAAUGCCUAUUCAUACACAAGCUUAGUUUUUAAAAUGUGGACAUUUUAAAGGCCUCUGGAUUUUGCUCAUUCAGUGAAGUCCUUGCAGGACAAUAAACAUAUAUAUGUACAUAUAUACACAUACACAUAUGUAUAUGUGCGCACGUAUGUAUAUGUAUAAAUAUUUUAAAUGGUGUUUUAGAAGCACUUUGUCUACCUAAGCUUUGACAACUUGAACAAUGCUAAGGUACUGAAAUGUUUAAAAAAAAGUUUACUUUCAUUUUAGAAUGCAAAAUUGAUUUUUUUAAGGAAACAAGGAAAGCUUUUAAAAUAUUUUUGCUUUUAGCCAUGCAUCUGCUGAUGAGCAAUGUGUCCAUUUUUAAUACAGGCUGUCAAACCCAAAAUGGGGCUUACUGGAUCCAAGGGAAUACGUGAGUCCACAAAACCUGUUUUCUGGUGCUCAUCUCACAGGCUAUACUGUAAAACAGUUUUAUACAAAAUUGUAUGACAAGCUCAUUGCUCAAAUAUGUAGUUUUAAGAAUUUUCUAUUAACUGCAGGUAAUUAACCGCAUGUGACAGACUCAAGAAAGCUAGUUCCCUGACGUCGAUGCUUAUUUUUGGAUCUGUAUGUUCUUCAGCAAGCUGAAUGGUAGUCAGCCUUCGUGUUGAUGAUUGUACAUUGUGGUGUCAUUUCUUAGCUUAAGUGUCCUCUGUACCAGGAAGAUUGAGCAGACUGAUGCCUGCAUCAGAUGAGUAAACAGGGUUAGUUCCAUGUGAGUCUGUUAAUUAAAAAGAAAAAAACAGGCAGCUGGUUUGCUGUGAUGGUUUUAAAUAAUUAAUUUGUAAAAAUAAGAAGUGAAAGAGAUGUAUAGUAAGUAAAUUAAAUUGUAAACAAAACUUUUUUAACACAAUGCUUUAGUAUUUUAGUACUGUAAAAUAAAAUUAAGUAUAUACAUAGACAUGUGUGUGUGUGUACACACACACACAUAUAUAUAUGAAUUUGAAGCAGAAUUCACAUCAUGAUGGUGCUACUCAGCCUGCUACAAAUAUAUCAUAAUGUGAGCUAAGAAUUCAUUAAAAGUUUGAGUGAUAAUCCUACUUGUCAUAUACCUCAACACUAGUUUGGCAGUAGGAUAUUGAACUGAAAGUGAAAGCUUAAAGCAUUGUGUACCAUCAUUUUUUUUCCAAGUCUCUUUUUUUUAAUUAAUAAAAAAGCAUACCUUUUUUCGAUACUUGAUUUCUUAGCAAGUAUAACUUGAACUUCAACCUUUUUGUUCUGAAAAUUCAGGGAUAUUUCAGCUCACGUUCUCCGUAUGCCAAUAUGUCACCUGUGUUUAUGUAGAAUCAUUGUAGGGUAAUAAAUAUAUUCUUUUUUUCAGGGAUUUAACCCUUUUAUUUUGAAUCCCUAUUUUACUUGUAUAUGUCCUGAUGUAACUAAAACUAAUUUUGUAAAUCUGUUGGUUCUUUUUAUUGUAAAGAAAAGCAUUUUAAAAGUUUGGGGAAUCUUUUGACUGUUGCAAGCAGGAAAACUAUUACAUGAAAACAGAAUGCACUGAGUUGAUAAAGGGAAAAUUGUAAGGCAGGAGUUUGGCAAGUGGCUGUUGGAUUGAGUCAACUCUCUACAGACAUUUUGAUCCUGUAAUCAAUGCAGGCACAGAACCAUGAGGACUUCUCUAGAUAGACAAGACACGUGGAGAUAUGACAUGCAAUUAACUGUAUAAUUACAUUUUGGUCUAGGUAUAUUUUUGCUCACUGACAUUUCAAAUAAAUUCUUCAAUGAGGCCUUUGAGUUUCAUUGGUCAAGUCUUAUAAACAUGGCUUUUGUCUUCAAAGAAGAAAAAAAAUGUCUCCAGUUUUUGGCUGUGACCAGUUUAAAAACAUUUGUUUUGCAUGUUAAACCACCUGAUGUUAAUAUUUUGCAUAUACUGUAUAUCUAACCCCAAAUAUUUGGUUACUACCUACACGUUUGUUGGUUUUGAGUCAGCUAUCCCUUAUGAAUAUUUGGUUUCUAUAUCAUCCACUGUCAUUUGUCAAACUGCUGGCCAACAAAAACAGGAAAUGUAGUUUGGAGGGUUGUGGAGAGGUUGGGUAGGGAGGAGGAGAGAAACUGAAUGGCAUAUUGUAUAUAUCAAAUCUAUAAUUGUAAAUAUCAAACCUCCCUCAGUGAGAAUGAAUGGAAAGCAGAUCUCCAACUUGCUUAUAUAGGAAUAUCAGGUUGACUAUAUAGCCAUACUUGAAAAUGCUUCUGAGUGGUGUCAACUUUACUUGAAUGAAUUUUUCAUCUUGAUUGAUGCACAGUGGUGUACAGUUCACUUCUAAAGCUAGUGGUUAACUUGUGUAGGAAACUUCUUCAGUUUGACACUAAGGUAAUGAUCUGUGUGCAUUUUUCUAUGCUUUUUUUUUAAGAAUUAGUUUCAUUUCAUUUUCAUGAGAUGUUUGGUUUGUCUAUAAGAAUCUGAGGAUGGUUAUAAAUACUGUAAGUAUUGUAAUGUUAUGAAUGCAGGUUAUUUGAAAGCGUUUAUUAUUAUAUCAUUCCUGAUAACGCUAUGUGAGUGUUUUUAAUAAAAUUUAUAUUUAUUUAAUGCA